GCGACUAACAAUAGUCCUCCAUCGUGGAGAUAAACACACGUUCAUACUUCGCCAUGAUGCUUCAUCAAGGUCUCCCUACAUGGGCCACCUUGCUACUUAUUUCAACCACUGCUGCCCUCACACUACCUAACUACCGAGGCCUACGGAUCGACCAGUCCAGACAAGGUGUUCUACAUAUCGCUUUCAAUAAUCCUGACUCAGAAAUCAACGUCUGGGGUGAGGAUGCCUUGAAAGGACUGACGGACAUCGUACAGAGGUUGCAAAAUGACACCGAGACGAAAGCCAUUCUGUUCACGAGCGAUGUGCCAAAGUACUUCUUAGCCCAUCUCGAUGUGCUGAGCCAGCCGCUCGACCCGACCAUCUCCCAAAGAUCCGUCGAGCUCUUCUACAGCCUGACCAAUCUCCCGCAAGUGACAAUUGGUGCAGUCAACGGUGUAGCCCGUGGAGCCGGAAACGAAUUUCUCCUCUCCCUCGAUAUGCGAUUCGCCGUAAAAUCGCACUCACGUUUCGGACAGCCCGAGAUCGCCACUGGCUACCUCCCUGGUGGCGGAGCGCCCCAGUACCUUCCGCGGUUGAUCGGUCGUGGACGCGCAAUGGAAUACAUUCUCACUGGCAAGGACAUUCUGGCAGAAGAUGCUGAGCGUAUGGGCUGGAUCAACAAGGCUUUUGACAGCGAGCGCGAGAUGAAGGCAUAUAUCGACGAUAUGCUCAAGGUUUUGACACUUUAUUCUACUAGGGCCAUCGGGCUGAAUAAGAACGCUAUCAAUGUGGCAAGUAGACCGCCGAUCGCGAACACUCUAGCUGACUCCAAUGCGUUCUCGGAGAGUGCGGGGCGACCAGAAACACAGAAACUCUUAGGAGAUUUCUUAGAGUUAACGCAAAAUCUUUCGGCUACUGAUGUUGAGCUAUACCUGGGUGAGAGUGUACCUUUGCUAUAUAAUCUAAGUGCGUCUUGA